UGAGCUGCAGUUGGCUAGAGAGAGAGAGAACAAUUAGAAAGCCUAGGAGCAUUGAACAGCUGUUUCUUCCUAUUUUGGGACACUUCAGCAGUACCAUCCACCGAAAGAGUUCAAACCCAGUAACUUCUGGUUACAAGAGCUCAAUAAAAAGGAUUAGAACAGAAUGAUUCGUUCAACAAUCAUCAUUUUAUUAAUAGCAAGUUUUACUUGUCUUAUGGCCAGGAAGUCUAAUAUUCCUAUAAAAUUUACUACUGCUGGUCAAAUGUAUAUUGAAUAUCAAAAAUUAGACUUCUUCUUGAAUCAAAAUUUAUCCUUAUUCAUUAAAGAUGAUAUUUGCGCAACAAUUAUUGAUUUUACACGACCUACACCAGAAGAAAUUAAAACAAAAACUGGUCAUCGUAAUGUAACUGACACAUGUGGAAUAUGGAUAAAGAAUCCGGUGAAAGGAUUCAGAUCUGGUAGACCAAUCUAAUCAGUAAUGAAUCGAUAAUCAGGACAACAGAAAUUGAUUAUUUCAACAUGAAUAGAUGUGUAAUGCUACAAGUUUUAAUCUCUAUUUCAAAAAACUAAGAGAUUUAUGGAGUAUAUAGAAGAC